AUGCCGCCGUCUCCUCAGAAACUGCUCGAGUAUCACCCCGAGUACCGAGUUCUUGUAUGCACACAGUGUCAAUACGCCAUCCAGCCCCGGGCCAUCAAUCGCCAUCUUAAGGAUAUACACAAGAUCUACAGAUCUGCACGACAUCCGUAUACGACUUAUACCGCCAAGUACAACCUAUGCGAGCCUGGGGAUGUCAUCAAGGCUCGAGUCAUCGACUUUCCAGUUCCCUACUUGCCAGUCUUUGAUGGCCUGAGAUGUCUUGACACUGACUGCGAGUACUUGUGCAUUUCUACCAAGCGUAUGCAGAAGCAUUGGCUCUCGGAACAUGGGCGUCAUGGCUAUGCAGAUAUCGACUGGACUCCAGCGCCGUUGCAAACAUUCUUCCGUGGAAACCUGUUGCACUACUUUACGAGUAUAGACAACCCUAAAACAAGAGGCAAAUAUGGAUGCUCCCGGAUAGCAAGACUUCCAACAGGAACAUUGGGAACUUCGGAACAAAACUUGCUCCAGCACUUUCAGACAGUAACAUGCAAGACCCUUCCCAGCCAGCACGAGCAGAUAUGGCGUCUCGCCGUCCCCAGCAUCGCCGAGUACAACCCGUUCCUGAUGCAUGCGGUGCUGGCUUGCUCAUCGCUCCACCUUGCAACAAAGUACCAAUCGGAUCAACUUUACCUCACACUCGCACAUGAACAUCAGAACAAAGCCAUGACUUUAUUUCGAGAAGCUAUUGAGAAUGUGACUGAAACAAACUGCGAAGCCAUCGCUGCAUUCUCACAUCUUCUGGUCGUCUACGCUUUUGGAGCUGAGAGGCAGGAGAACACUCUCCUCCUCACUCGAUCUCGCAGCUCAGAUCCAGAUGGCCUUUGUAGCUGGUUAUACUUCAUACGGAACGGAUGCUCUCUGGUGAAUGGCUACAGGCACAUCAUUGCAACUGGUCCGCUUGGACAGCUCGUUCAAAUUUGGGGAGAGCCCAACACGGAGAUCAGCCAAAAGAAGGCGUCUGAAAUCACGGAAAGGUUGAUGUCCGUUAGUCAAAAUGGACAUUGCUUGUGGUCUCCUACCGAAUGCGAAAUUCUCCAAGAUGCAGCACACAAGCUAGGACAUGCAUUCGCGUCUGCAGAAGCUCUGGGUGAUGGCUUCGACACUUGGUCCGCGGUUCGCAACUGGCCGACGACAGUCUCCAUCGAGUAUACUCGACUCCUUGCAGAAGAGAAUCCAGCUGCCUUGGUGUUUCUCGGAUACUAUUGCCUUCUUCUAAAGAAGUUGCGAUCAGCCUGGUACAUUGCCAUGUAUCCGCUUCAACUACUAUGUAUCCUCAGGGGCAAGCUGAAUCAUGGAUGGCAUCAGUAUAUUGACCCUUUGAUCGCGGAAUGGGAGCAACUAUGUGCCGUCACUUCUUAA